AUGCUGGCACCUGCUCUCCCCGUCAUCACGGACGAUUUCCAUUCCCUCAACGAUAUGGGAUGGUACAGCUCAGUCUAUUUACUGACCAUGUGCGCCACGCAGAUCCUCCACGGUCGGCUUUGCACCAUGUUCUCUAUUAAAUGGGUUUACAUGAUAAAUCUGGUAAUCUUUGAAAUCGGGUCCGUAGUGUCAGCGGCAACUCCCACCUCGGUUGGCUUGAUACUUGGACGGGCUAUCACAGGAAUAGGCGCGGCGGGACUUCUUUCGGGCACCAUCUUACUCAUUGCUGCUAGUAUGUCUUUGCAGUUGCAGGCAACAGCUUUAGGUAUUUUGGGAGGGUUGAAGGGUGCUGCAGCCGUGGCUGGGCCAUUAUUGGGCGGGGCUUUCACGGACAAAGUCUCCUGGCGAUGGUGCUUCUACAUUAAUCUCUCCCUGGGCGGAGUCGGCGCCGUGGCUAUCCUUUUCCUAUUCCAUGCACCACCUCCUACCUUCGUCCCUGACGCUAUGAAGGGUAGCCCACUAAAGCAACGCCUCAUCCAGCUCGAUAUUGAAGGCACGGUACUCUUCAGUGCAAGCAUUAUCUGCCUUCUCCUUGCUAUCGAAUGGGGCGGGGCAAAAUGGUCCUGGAGCAACGGGCGCAUCGUCGCCCUGUUCGUGAUCUUCGGCGUCACCUUAAUUGUCUUCUGCAUAGUGCAGAGCAGGAAGAAAGAAAUGGCAAUGAUCCCACCACGAGUAGCUGGGAACCGCAAUGUCUGGAGCUGCGGCCUCUAUAGCGCUAUGCUUGGAGCCGCAUUCUAUAUUCUCGUUUAUUAUGCAAACGUCUGUUCCCCACAGCUUCCAAUCUGGUUCCAAGUAAUCAAAGGUGUCUCCGCCGUACGGUCGGGAAUCAUGAACCUCCCCAUGCUCGUAUCGCUUAUCGUGCUCUCCAUUCCCAGCGGUGCCCUAGUCUCCGCCAUGGGGUACUACACUCCUACUAUGAUCAUGGGCUGUAUUCUGGUGCUCAUUAGCGCUGCCCUCAUGACGACAUUCACUCCGGACACGGGGACCGUAAAAUGGGCCGGAUACCAAGUUAUUAUGGGCGCCGGGAUUGGUAUGGGCGCGCAGCAAACCGUCCUCGCUAUGCAGGCUUCGCUGCCCUCAGAAGACGUUCCCGUUGGUACAGCACUUAUGAUAUUCUAUCAGACGCUGGGUGGUGCUGUCUUCCUUAUUGUGGCGCAGAAUUUGUUUCAGCAUGAGCUGGUGAAGAGAUUGACAGGUAGGAAUAUUCCGGGUGUAGAUGCGAGCAGUGUAGCCGCUGCGGGAGCGACAGAGGUUAGGAACUUAGUGCCCCCGAAGUAUUUGGGAGAGUCAUUGGAGGCGUAUAAUGGUGCGGUGGUGAAGACGUUUUAUAUCUCGGUUGCGUUGGCGGCGGUGGCGGUUUUAGCUACGUUUGUGCCAGAGUGGAAGUCGGUUAAGACGGUGGCGAAGAGGGAAGAGCAGGAAAAUAUCGAGAGUGGAGGGAAUGAGGUUGUGUAG